AUGCUCAUCCAUCUCACCUACCCCGCCCCCCUCGCCAGGAUCACCCUCAACCUCCCUGGCACCUCCUCCCUCGCCGACCUCCCCAUCCCCACCGCCCUCCACAACACCUACCUCCGCACAGCCUCCACCGGUGCCCUCCCCCUCGCCACCCCCCUCUCCGACCUCGCACACAAAGAUGCCCCCAACCACCCUGUCACUAUCCAUGUUACCCCGAGGAUGAUCGGUGGUAAGGGUGGUUUUGGGAGUCAGUUGAGGGCGGCGGGAGGGAGGAUGAGUAGUGGUAAGAAUACGAAUAUGGAUUCUUGUAGGGAUCUUUCCGGGAGGAGGUUGGGCACUAUCAAGGAGGCUCAGAGGCAAGCCGAACUGCUCGAAUCCGAACCCGCUCUCCGAGCCCAAGCAGCCGCCGCCGAAAAAGCCAAACUCGAGACCCUUGAACGCAAACUCGGCAUCAACGCCGCCGAGUCCUCUUCCGCUGGCGGAAAGAGACGUCCCGAGGACGUCGACUUGGAAGAGCUGGCGAGGAAGAAGCACAAGUUUGAGGAUAACAAGUUUUUGGAAGAGAGUCGGGAGAUCAAUGAGAAUGUGAGGUCUGCGGUGUCUGCUGCGCUUCUGCUCAAGAAGAAGAAGAAGGCCAAGGCUGCUGCUGCCGAAAAGGGCAAGGGCAAGGCUACUGAAGAUAAGUCUAAAGAGGUCAAGAAGGCUGUCCAGGACAAGAUUGCCAUGCCGCCCCCUGCCCCUGCCCCUGCCAGCACUGCUACGGCGGCUUAG